AUGUUUGAGUUGGCGUGCUUGGGUCACCACAAGACGACAUUCGAGGCCGGUCACGCUUCCUCUGUCUGGCACCUGUUGUAUGCAGAAGUGGAGCUCCGGAGCCAGAGUCUGAUGCCUCCGGAAGAGGACGUUGUUUACGAAAAGGUUGGUCCUGGUUUCAAUUGGUACCACAUUCAGCAUCCGUUGCCCUCCACCCCGCCCUCAUCAAUCUCCGUAUUGUCUAGUCAUCUAGCCAUAAACCCUCGAUUCCAGCCAUCAAUGGCCGGCAUAUUCGAGGAUUUCGGCACAUCACCUUCUGUUGGGCAGACUCUCAUUUUGUGUGAAAUUGCAUGA